UGACGUCACACUUAUGUGUUUAGUGGAAGGUGUUUGUGCUCAUUAUUUUUUAACGUUAAAUAGAGUUAUCUUUGAUUAUUAAAGCCCAUAAACAGCUCUGAUAGGAUACUAGAUGAAUCGAAAUAGCAUGGAAUGGGAUAGACAGUUCCCACACAAUCUGCCCGUAGGGCAGAUGGGCACCCCUGCCACUGGAAAAGUUAGUUUUGUGCCACCAUCGCCUCAAGCUAGCAAAAUGGCUGGCCAGAAUGGAUUUCUUGACUUGAAGAAACUGAAAGGGCCUGGCAGUGGUGCAAAUUUCCAACCCAGUGAUGAUGCACAGUCAAUAUUCACCCCAGGAGAUCUCCAGGUUAAACAACUGUUUAAUUCACUGAAAGCGUCGCCACACACCAGAUCACAUAUAAAUCCUGGAUUUCAAGGCAUCAUACCACAGCCGUCAAAUUUGUUGCCAGUUCCGUUUGGACAUGCAGAAAAGCAGUUCCUAAAGAAACCAACAUCACAUACCCCACAGCUGUCAAAGACAUUUACCGAAGGUCCCUCAUUGCCAUUAGCUGUUGAACAAAAUGCAGACCAGUUUGGUAUAGAACUGAAAAAAGAUACAAGUAACCUGAAAUCAGAUGUUAGUGUUCCAACAAGCAAGUACAUAGAGGGGACUGUAAAAUACACAACAAAAGGGGCACUAAAAGAAAUGGUUCAAGAUUUGGCAAGGCUUGGUAAUACAACAACUGGCUGUAUUGUGGAUGAGACUUGUGCCCCAGAGUGUGACCUUUACGAUAAAGAUCUACAUUUUCUGUCUGAACAAUGUCUUGGACGGGGCUCAUAUGGAACGGUGGACCUAUGUUACGACUCAAAAACUCAGAAGCCGUUUGUAAGGAAACAGUUGGCAAAGAAGGCGCUAAGAACAAGUGAGAUUGUAGUACCAACUGAAUUAAAUCAUCAUAACAUCACAAAAUUGUAUGGCCUGAUCCAAAGAGAGAAUUCCAACAAGGGGAAUCCAACCAUAGAGCUUCUGAUUGAAUAUGGAGGAGAGGCACUGAACAGAUAUUUCCAGGAGGGAAAGACUCUCUCAGCCCCACAGAUAUGGGAUGCUUCGAAACAAGGACUAGCAGCUCUGUUACACAUAAGCCAUUACAGUAUUGUUCAUCUUGAUGUGAAACCUGAAAACAUCUGCAUUUACUUCAAGAAUGAUGGCUCGUUUGUUCUAAAAUUGACAGACUUUGGCUCAUCAAGGCUCCCUCAGGAGCCCUUGAAAUUUUUUGGUUUGACACCAGAAUACUUGGCACCUGAAAUUUGCAAGAUGUUUCUUCAGGCACAAAAGCAUGGUCUUAACUUUGGAUUGACGGAAGCAGAUGUUACUGGGAAAGUGGACACUUUCGCCUUCGGGCUUGUCAUAAUGUACCUGUACAAAGGCUACCAUAUUCUUGUGAAAGUGAUUAACAAUGGGAAGACAAGCUAUGAUGGAAUUGAUGCAGAGACCAAAAGGUUGUUGCACAUGAGUUUGAUGGCGCUGAUGGCAGGUGACCAGUCAGCGAACAGUUUCGUUCACAAUCUGAUACCAGAUGAGUGUGACCUUGAAAUGAGAGACCUUCUGACGAAGCUGACGCAACAUAGGCAUCAGGAUAGGUUUAGUGCUAGACAGGCCCUGGACACUAUUGAAGAGAUGGAACACAAGAUCAAGAUGUCAGUGAGACCAGAACAAAAGAUGAGAGAUGCAAUAGACCAGCAUCAGCAGUUGAUACAGAAACAAGUGCCACUGAUUGCUAUAGACCCUGACUGCCAGCAUGGAAUGGGUAUACCAGGUAUUGCUGAAGAUUGUAUGGAGAGUGACAACGGCCCAGUAAAGAACAGAACAAAAGAUGCAUUACGUAUGAAGCUAAAGCCGUAUGGCAAGAAAGGAAAGUACUGCAAGGACAUAAACAGUAAGAGCUUCUCGCCACAGUCACCAAUCACCGAGAUGCAUGAGCUACGGCAUGGAAUAGCAAGCAAACAGAUGCAUAUGAUGAUGCCUAUGACACCAGUCAGUGAGUUCCAGGGUCUCAGCUUGGAACAGUCCUUACCUAAGGAUUUGACUGAAGAUACAAAUUUUAGCUUGUCGAUGACGGAAAGAAAAGCUCCAAUUGCACAGCCAUCAAUGGACACAUCUGAUCAUCCAAGUGGUGUGUCUCAGCUAUCAGAACCGAUGCAAGCCUUCAAUGCUGUUAGACCUUCACAAAUGGUGGAACCAGCUGUAGGAUUUGCUGUCCAACCGUCACAGCCAGUGGUACCAGCUAUCGGAUAUAGUGGUAUCAUACCCACCCCACACAUAGGAGGUGCAAGUAUGGAGCCAGACAAUGUGGUCUCUCUUGGAGGUAAACAGAAUAUACAGCGUACCUUUGAAAUGCAGCAGCCAGGAGUUGUACGUUUGAAUGUACCCCAGGAGCUGAUAGAGAAGCUGUUGAUAAAGAAGAAGGCUGAACGUAUUAUGGCCGAACAAGCAAUGAUGGUGAAGAGAGAGCUUAAAGUAUACCCAGAAGUGAUCAAUAUUGGUAGGAGCACACCUAUAGAAAGUGACAGCCAAACUCCAGUUGUACAAACAAGGAACAUGAAGACAUUUCGGGACAGUCCAGUGCAGAUGGAGGAGGGAAACGAUGGUGGGAACAUGCCUAAAUUCUCAAAAUUCUUUUAAAAGUGGACUAAUCCGUUUUGUUCGGCCACAGUGAUAUAGUGUAAAAGGAUAAAAAAAGACAAUUAAAAGUGCUUUUGAACUUUCGUAUUUUUAGCUCGACUAUUCAUAGAAUAGUAGAGCUAUUGGACUGGCCCAUGCGUUGGCGUCCGCGUCCCGAUUUGGUUAAGGUUUUGUAUGUAAGCUGGUAACUAAGUAACCACUUGUGGGAAUGGAUUGAAACUUAGCACACUUAUUCACUGUGAUGAACUGAUCUACAUUGCACAGGUUCCAUAACUCUAUUUUGCUUUUUUACAAAAUUAUGCCCCUUUUUCGACUUAGAAAUUUUUGGUUAAGGUUUUGUAUGUAAGCUGGUAUCUCAGUACUUACUAAUGGGAAUGGAUUGAAACUUCACAUACUUGUUCACUAUCAUGAUCUGACAUGCACUAAGCAAGUCCCAUAACUCUACUCUCUUUUUUUUCAAAAUUAUGCCCCUUUUUCGACUAAGCAGUUUUUGGUUAAAUUUUUGUAUGUAAUCUGAUAUCUCAGUAUCCACUAAUUGGAAUGGAUUGAAACUUCACACACUUGUUCACUGUCAUGAUCUAACAUGCACUGUGAAGGUCCCAUAACUCUACUUGGCAUUUUUACAAAAUUAUGCCCCUUUGACUUAGCAGUUUUUUGUUAAGUUUUUGUAUGUAAGCUGGUAUCUCAGUAUCCACAAAUUGGAAAGGAUUGAAACUUCACACACUUGUUCACUGUCAUGAUAUGACAUGCAGUACAGAGGUUCAAUACCUCUACUUUGCAUUUUACAAAAUUAUGCCCCUUUUUCAACUUUUGUAUUCAUUCAAUUGACAAGGCUGUUGAAUAGUCGAGCGUUGCUGUCCUCCGACAGCUCAUGUUUUACAAAAUUAUGCCCCUUUUUGGCCUUAGAAAUUUUUGGUUAAGGUUUUGUAUGUAAGCUGGUAACUCAGUAACCACUUGUGGGAAUGGAUUGAAACUUCACACACUUAUUUACUGUCAUAAACUGACCUACAUUGCACAUGUUCCAUGACUCUAUUUUGCUUUUUACAAAAUUAUGCCCCUUUUUCGACUUAGAAAUUUUUGGUUAAGGUUUUGUAUGCAAGCUGGUAUCUCAGUACUUACUUAUGGGAAUGGAUUGAAACUUCACAUACUUGUUCACUGUCAUGAUCUGACAUGCACUAAGCAAGUCCCAUAACUCUACUCUUUUUUUUCAAAAUUAUGCCCCUUUUUCAACUUAGCAGUUUUUGGUUAAAUUUUUGUAUGUAAUCUGAUAUUUCAGUAUCCACUAAUGGGAAUGGAUUGAAACUUCACACACUUGUUCACUGUCAUGAUCUAACAUGCACUGUGAAGGUCCCACAACUCUACUUUGCAUUUUUAGCUCACCUCGACUUAGCAGUUUUUGGUUAAGUUUUUGUAUGUAAGCUGGUAUCUCAGUAUCCACAAAUUGGAAAGGAUUGAAACUUCACACACUUGUUCACUGUCAUGAUAUGACAUGCAGUACAGAGGUUCAAUACCUUUGCUUUGCAUUUUACAAAAUUAUGUCCCUUUUUCAACUUUUGUAUUCAUUCAGUUGACAAGGCUGUUGAAUAGCCGAGCGUUGCUGUCCUCCGACAGCUCUUGUUUUAUUUGUUCUUGUUGUUGCUGUUUUAUUUCUGACUAAUGUUUUUUUUUAAUCUUCACUUACAUCUUGAAAAUGAGAAAAAGAUUUUACUAACAUUUAACACUGUGGUUCUUGCCAACCCUAUUUUUUCAUUAUUAUUAUUAAUAUGUGCUUGUCUAUGUAAAAGGAGCUUACAAAGUUGGAGUUGGAAAUUGUUAUAAAAACAGAUAAAAACACACAAAAAUGGGUUGCAAGGAUAUAAAUCAUCUAUGCCAUAGCCCAAAUAACGAAAAAAAAACAUAUGAAAUUCCUACCUAUCAGCUCUUUCUAACAACAACAAAAAAAAAACAUGGAAAAAAAGCAAGUUAUUACCUGAAAAACAUCUCUGCCAAUUAAAAAAAAGAAAAGAUAUACACUGGUUUUAUAGUUGUGAUUUGCACAGUUUAUAUUUAGAUUUAUAUUUAGCUAAUUUCAUGAUUGACACAUAUAGGGCAUAAGCCUGCCAAUAAGUCGUUUGAUAAUGAAUUGAGAACAAAGAGCUAGUAGAAUGAAAUUUGUGUACUGAAAAUUGCAGUUUAAAGUUAUAUGGCUUGUACAGUGUUCUGUUGUGUUUGUAUGUUUUCUAACAACAGCAUUAUAAACAUGUUAUUCAUCAUGUCCGUAACAUUCAGUUUCACAUUAUAUAGAUAUUCACUGAUAUUGCCUUGCAUGUUUUUCUGGUUACUGUUUUAUGUAAUUUAUGUAGAUUAUAUUAUGAGCUGUUUUUUUUUUUACAAUAAAUGUGCACUUUCAAGCAAUACAAAGUUAACAGUGUAGUGCAGUUAAGAAAGGAGAAAAAAUGUAUACAAGAAACACUUAGAAAUAGCAGGAUUUUAGAGAAACACUUAGAAAUAGCAGGAUUUUAGUCGGGUUGUGGGUACUGAUGCUUGUUUGAUACCAGACAUAGUGUAAAAUGAAAUUUACGAGAAUUUUUUUGUCAUUUUUAAGAAAAAUGGAAACAUAAAAAAGAGCAGUAAAGUUGAUGGUGAAAAACAACAUAUGUAAUUUUAUGUUAAUCUUAUUGAUUUAUCAUGAAAAGUAGUUUUGAAUUACAUUGAAACCUGGGUAGCUGUUUGCCACUGUUUGAUUUUCAUUGUGUUUGAAUUUCUGUGCAUGUUUAUUAAGAUGAAUUUUCAUACUACAUUUCUUGCAAAACCCAAGUGUGUAGGUUACAGUUAUGCAGCUUUAAGGCUUAAAUGUGUAUAAGAUAGAGUGAAAUUAUAUUUUGUGAAAGAAACCAAAAGAAUUCAAGGUCUUACUGUAGUCUUUUAGUGUAUGUGGUAGAGAAAUCUUAACUUUCAUAUUUCUACAUUUUUAUUAUCUUCCCUGUUUGAUAUUAUAUAAGUCCUUACCUAUGUUUUACUUUAUUCUUUACUUUAUCUUCCUCUCUAGCUUUUAACCCUUUACUUUAUAAGAUGUUUCAUUUUCUCCUAUGUAGAAUGUUAAUAUUUUGUUUAAAAAUAUAUGUGUCAUUUUAAAUGGUUCACACACUUAUAAACAUAAAAAAAUCCAGUAGUCUUGGGCAGAGGUUUUACCAAAACAGUAAUGGUUUCAAGGAACAUGCAUGGGUGACAGUAUGUGAUAAGUUGGAACUUUGGACAAGCAAAUUUAAACUGUCUAAAGCUAGAAGUAUUUCAACUUCGAAUAUCUACAGGAUCUCUGUAUCCUCUAAA